GAACAGACAUGCAAAACAAAGACAGACAAGACACACACAUACACACAGUUAACACACUCUUCAUAAACACCACAUUCUGUUCUGCUGCAGUUGUCUCAGUUGGUAGGUCCACAAAGACCAAGGGGCUCGGGAAUGCAGAGACAGCUAGAGAUCGCUGCACAGAGUCUCGGAAUUACAGGCUGGAUCUGUGCCAUCCUCACCCGCUGUCUGUCCCUGUGGAGAGUGAGUGGCACCCUGGGUAACACCACAGCCACGCUGCCUGCCUAUUGGGAUGGGGUGUGGCUAGAAUGGGACCACUGGGAUCUACAGCAUGAUGGCAGCCUGCACUGCUCCUUUUACCAGUCCCUCAUGUCUCUUUCUGGAAGCUUCCGCACUUGGAGAGCCCUUAUCAUGGCGGCAAUUGGAGCUGGGGCUUUUGCUGUUGUCAUGGGAUUUGUUGGAGUGGUCUGGUUCCCCAAAAGAGCCCAGGUGAAGGUAGUAUCUGGUGGGGUCUUUGUUCUUGCUGGUAUACUGCUGAUGAUUCCUUUAGCCUGGACAUGUCAUCACACAAGUCAACCACUGGAGGGAGUUGUGGCUCUACAGAGGGACUGGGGUGCUGCUUUGUACUUGGGGUGGAUCUCUUGUGCUCUACUGGUAACAGGAGGAGGGUUUCUUAUUACCAGAUGCCCCACAUAUGAACCACAAGCUGAAGGGGAGAGAGAGCAGGAACUACAGUCUCCUCUUCAUACAAUUCACCGAACUGCUUUCACACACAGCCAGUAUGAGAGAUCACUGCCCAUCUGAGUAGAUGACUAUCUUUAUGACAAUAACUGAAGUACAUCUAUUGAUAUCAUAUAUCAAUAUGUCCAUUACUGUGGUGUAGAUGAUUGCAUUGUAAAAUAGCAACUGGCACUUGAGAUGGGUGUAUAGUGGGUGUGGGCGAGGAGUUUGGGGUACAUGUUCAUCUUAAUGGGAUAUAAAUUAUUUUAGAAUUGACUGUUUUCUGCUUUUACUUUGACUUGAAGUUUGUCUUGUUUGGAAUAGGAAAUACUUUUACUGCACUAAUUAGUAUAGUAGAUAGACUUUGGGUCAAGCCAUAAACACAUGGCUAUCCAGUAGGAAGUCUGUAGCACCUCAUUUCAUUAAGCAUGGUGUGUUUUGAUAGAGAACAUGUAAAGCUUUUAACAUUGUACCAUCUCAACUAAUAAUUUGGGCAAUCUGCAGGUGAAAAACUACACAAAAGAAAAAACAGCCCUAUAUUUGGUUUUGUUCUAAGCAAAUGUGUACUGUAUGCAUUUUUGUUGUCUAAUAGAAUUAAAAUGAAUCACACCAUUUAAGAGGUGGUAUCUACUUAAUUGUAGUUAUAUCUUCAGAUAGUUGGAAGGAUGUCUUAGUAAUGUAUUGUAAGAUACCUUAUAUCCUUUCUAUCACAUUGUUUGGCAUUCAGAAAUAAUGACAUUGACAUCAUUUUAAUGUAUAUUUUGAUCAUUAAAAUAAUAAAUAGAAUUCUACAAUA